AUGGCAAAAGCCAAGGCUAAACAACCGCAGGCUGCAGUCCAGGUGCGCAAGUCUGCUCUCAAAAAGCCAGGGGGUGAACCAAAGCCAGAGAAGCGGGUAAAGAUUGAUCCUGCAAUCAAGAUCAUGAAAGGAUCAGAAAAGAAAGGCACAAAGAGCAACGAUGGUCACAAGGAUGACAAGAAAAGAAAGGCAGACAAGAUCAAGGCUGAUGUUCUGAAGGUUGCGGAAGAAGCGAACCGCCAGAAAGCGAAGACUGCCAAAGGUUCCAAGAAGGUGUCUGAUGGCAAUACCAAGACAGAGGACAAGAAGAAGGCAAAGGAAAAGGCCAUGGCAGAAGAGCAGCAGACCAAACACAAGGAUCCCCAGGAGCCACAGGAGACAAAGGAGAAGAAGCCCAAGAAGGAAGAAGCGAAGAAGGAGGUCUCCAAGAGCACCAAGGAGGAGAAGAUGGCCCACAAGAAGAAGGACUCUGAUAAGAAGACCAAGACAAAGCAGGAUGAGACUGCGAAGACCAAAGAGGCAAAGAAGGAGAAGAAGACUGAGGAGAAGAACAAGGAUGGCAGCAAGAAACAAAAGAAGGAUGAUGGGGAGCAGAAGGAAAGGUUGAAAAGGUUACAGGAAGCUGCCUUGCGAUGCAGCGUGCCUGCCCCAUCAACACCGCCCAGGAAGCGGCACCGAAUGAAGUCGCCAGCAAGCAGCCUGGGCACUGUUCAGACUGAUGCAAGUUCUGAGCAUUACGCAGAGAAGCAGGCCAAGGCUAUGGAAGCCCUCGGUGACAAGUUGGAAGAUGCUGCUCUACUUGCUAGUGUCAGGGCUGAGUUGGAUGCAACUGACAUGCUGGGCCUGCUUGAUGACCUCAAAGACCAUGCAAAAGCACCGUCCACAUCGGAGAGCAAGCAGUUGGCAAAGCUCGGCGAGGUUGGGGAGGCUGAGAACAAGCUUUGCAAGAGGGCAGCAAAGCAGCUUGAGCAGGAAAGUGAGGAGGAGGGUGAGGGUGAAGAAAAAGAGAAGGACGCCUCUGAUGAAGAGAGCCAGGAUGGUAGCGAAGCUUCAGAAGAAGACGAAGAAGUCGAAGCAGAAGCUGAUGAGCAAGAUGACAAAAGUGAAGAGGAGGAGGAGGAGGAAGAGGAGGAGGAGGGAGAAGGACAGAAGGAUGCCGACGAGGCAAAAGAAGAUGAAGAUGAAGAUGAAGAAGAUGGUAGCGACAAGGAUGAAAACGCAGAAGACUCGGAGGAGGAUGAGGCCAGCGAUGCUGAAACGGAAGGUACAGCAUCAGAAGACGAAGAUGACCAGGAGGAUGGGGAACAGGAGGAGGAGGAUGAAGAGAAAAGGAAGAAGGGAGAGUUGGCUGAGUCUAUAGCGGCAACGGCGGACAAGAGUAAAGAGGUUCGCAACAGCAACUGUGCUAAUUGGGGUACAACGCGCAAGAAGGAAUGGGACCGCUUUGAUCGACAAACCAAGGGAGGUGCGUUCCCUACUGCGCUCAUGCCUUUCCUGCGAAAGAAGAAGGCUGACCUUUUUGGCCUUUGGUUGGACCAUGAAGGUGAUUGGGACAAAGUUGUGGUCGAAGUGGAUCGUUUGCAAUCCACUACCAAUUUGAACCGGAAGCAGUGGACGGCCAUCCAGGCCAAAGACCUACAAAAGUCCAUGCUUGAGGACCGCUUCAAGGAACUCAUCAAGAAGCGACAGGAGCAGGGGCUGUAUUACGCUGAUGAGGAUUGGCCGGAAGAUCCCCAGGAGACAUGGUACUAUAUGCCAACUGGCAGAGUCAUCCGCCAAGAGGACUCCACUUCUGAGACCCUCAAAAUGUCUGCCACGCGGAAGGUGGGUACUGAACUCCAGGCCGCCCUUACCGGAGAGGACGGUCCUCUUCAAAGCGGCGCCUUGCCCGCCAUCCGCGCAGCUUCAGAGCAAGGCGCGAAGCAUCUUUAUUCAGCCUUAGAUGACGAGGGAAAGAGCAUUGUGAAGCCAAAGAAAGAGAAGGAGGAGGGAGAAGAAGUUAAGCCAAAGACUCCCUUAGAGUUGGGCCGAGAUCUAGUUCCAGCAGUCCUCGAUGAGGCAACAAAGGCACGGACGAAAGGUAUCCAGCUCAAGGGUAUGGAGUUUGCUGACCAGCUAUCAAAACAGCUUCUGGAUCAUGGGUCUGCCAUGGAGGGGUGUUACUCUGAUUUGAAGAGUGCUGUUGAAGCUACAUCGCCCAAUCUCGACAAGAUCAAAGCGCUGAUUUCGAAAGUGCAGAUUAAGAGGGACGGGUUCAAGAAAGCUGAGGUAGAUACCGAUGAAGAUCCUCGGGAGUGCGUGGCCAAUGUACUUCUGCCACACGAAGUGUUUGGGGCUUUGUACGCAAGGGAUCCGGAUCAGGUUCGUGAGGGCGUCAACAAAACGAUCGCUGAAGUGACAGCAUGGUCUCUCCACUAUGCAGCAUUGGGCCGGUACCCAGACCGAGGGUUCUAUGGAGAAGCAUUUGAGAAGAAUAGCUACAGGGAAUCUCUAUGUGGGAACCGCAUAGCAGGCAAUUUCAAGCUCACCUAUUUCGCAUUCAAAGCAGAUCUCAAAGCUAGACACCAGACUGCUCGUCGAAUUACACCGUGGAUUGCUGUGGAGGGGUUUCAGUUCGAGACCAUUUCAUUUGAUGUGAUGCACCUUAUCUUUUUGGGUGUUGCAAGAAACCAUGUCCCCUCGGUCCUCAAAUUGUUGAAAACUUUUGGCUACCACUAUUCCCCAGCAGAGAGCGACGAGAAGUUCCUACAGCGGGUGAGCUUGGAGAUGAAGCAGGAUUGUAAGGAUCACGGGUUUCCUGUUCAAAUUCUAUCGCCUAGUUUUUUGUGUGUUUGGAACCUUUGCGCACUAGUUUUGUUUUUGGCACGGUCGCCAACCUGA